AUUAAUAACUGAGAAAAAACAAAACCCUAAUAACCCAACAACAUUCCCUAUAUAAAGACCCGCUCCGUUGCAUGUGGAAGAAAUCAAGUCUUUGUUGUUUCUGAGGCUCCCCUCACCUCUCUCUCCGAAAUCCCCAAAUUGCCUGUGAAUGCUAGAAACCCUAGGCACGUUCGAUUUGAUGCUCUCCCAUUUGCAAUCAAGGGCGAGCGCAUUCGGUUCUUGCACGCAAGGCUGGUACUACCGCUGCAUCGGCCUCGAUCCCUGAAUUCAUCAUUCUUUCUCGCACCAUCUUUUUCUAUUCCGAUUCGAUUUGUUGUUGUUGUUGUUGUUGUGUUUUUGUUUCCUUCCUUGACGAAUCAUCACGAUGUUGAUGAGCAAGCAGAAGAAGAGCCAGAUCCAGAACGCGAAGAGGUUGUUGAUAAGCAUCAAUGUGCUGGGGAGCGCGGGGCCCAUUAGAUUUGUGGUAAACGAGGAGGAGCUUGUGGCGGCGGUGAUAGACACCGCCCUCAAGUCCUACGCCCGUGAGGGGAGGCUUCCCGUCCUGGGAAACAACACCACCGGUUUCGCGCUUUACUGCCCCCAUCUUGGAUCCGAUGCUCUAAGUCCUUGGGAUAGAAUUGGAUCGCAUGGGGUACGAAAUUUCAUGCUGUGCAAGAAGCCAGAGGGUGUGGCGGAUGCAGAUGGAGAUGCAAGUGGGAUUUCGCGCAGCAGCAGGGGGAUUGGGAGCUGGAAGGCUUGGUUCAACAAAUCCCUCAACCUCAAGAUUUCUACCCACUGAUUCGAUUAAUCGAAUAAAAAAACUCUUGGGGAAUUGAACAUGAUGCCUUUUGUGGUGAAUGAAUGCCACUAUUAUCAGUAAUAUGUAUUUCUUUGCUUGUUUCUCUUCUCGCUAGCCCGAGAACCCUCUUUAGGAAUUUGUUCAACUUUGAAUUUUAGGUUUUGAUUUUUAUGGAAUAAUAAAAUUCUAGUUUUGAUUCCUCAUUUC